AAAACACUUAUUAUCUGGUACUGUUUCAAAUUAACAACAGUUGUAUGUUCAUAAAAAAUUGCAGGAGUAUUUACAUUUUUAUUCAAACAUUAUGGAUGCACCAAUCGUAGAAACAGCCGAAGGGAAAUUGCGUGGUUGUAUUAAAAAAAAUCUAGAUGGCGAAGAGUUUUAUAGUUUUUUGGGAGUUCGUUAUGCCAAGCCCCCAGUUGGAGAACUUAGAUUUAAGGAUGCACAACCUUUGGAACAUUGGAAUGGAGUCAAAGAUGCCACUGAAGAGGGACAACGGUUUUAUCAAAAGGACAAUUUGACCACCAUGACUAAAAUAGUUUCUGGAACCGAGGAUGGUCUUCAUCUUAAUGUUUUUACCAAAAAGCCAAUUCCUCAAGGAUCUAAACUGAACCCGGUAAUGGUGUGGAUCCAUGGAGGUGGUUUUAGGGAAGGUUUUAACAACACACAUAUGUACGGACCUGAAUUUUUAAUGCUAGAAAAUGUAGUACUGGUUUCUAUUAAUUAUCGAUUAGGGUUAUUAGGAGCCCUCAAGUUAGAAGAUCCCUCAUUAGAAGUAUUCGGAAAUGCUGGCUUGAAGGACCAAGUAGUAGCGCUGAAAUGGGUAAAAAGAAACAUCAAAAACUUUGGAGGAGACCCCAAUAACGUAACGAUCUUCGGUGAAAGCGCUGGCGCGGCGUCAGUGCAUUUUUUGGUUAUUUCUCCAGCCGCGAAGGGCCUCUUUCAUAGAGCAAUUAUUCAAAGUGGAUCCGCCUUGAACGUUUGGGCGAUGGGAUAUCCAUUCUUGGAUAGUAUAUUGGCUGCCAAUGGUAAAGCAGGAUUGAGCGAAAAAGAAGCUUUGGCGUAUUUGAGGAGUUUGUCAUUGGAGGAGCUGUUUGCAAUCCAGGAAAAAGAAGCUAACUUGUUCAGAGGUUCAUUUUCUCCAGUUGUAGAAAAUCCAAAUCCUAACGCUAUUAUAACAAAACCACCAAUUGAAUAUAUAACUUCAGGAGAAUACAAUAAAGUUCCCAUAAUGAUUGGAUAUUGUUCGCUUGAAAUGCUUUUUUUCAAGGGUUUAAGUACACAGGAGGAAUUGGCGCAAAUAUUGCAAAAUUUUAAUCAUGAAUAUUGGACAAGCAGUCUAUUACAAGCCGAUAAAGAUAGUGAAAUUUUUAAAAACUUAUCAGGAAAACUGAAGAACUUAUAUGAAAAAGCUGAAUCCGAAUUGCUGUUAUUAUCAGAUGCCUUCAUGACAAUGCACGUUAUUGGAGCUGCAAUAAACCACGCCAAAACUUCUGAUAAACCUGUAUAUUUAUACAGGGUAUCCAUAGAUUCAGGUCGUAAUUACUUUAAAAGAACAUGUAAAAUAGAGGAUAAAGGUGUAAGUCAUUUGGACGAUGUUGGUUAUCUGUUUAAAACGACCCUUUCACUUCCUAAGAAGGACAGCCCUGAAGAUGCCUACGUCAGACGUUUUGUCAAGCUAUGGACAAAUUUUGCAAGAUAUGGAAAUCCAACUCCGGAAAAUAGCGAUUUGGAAGUUACCUGGAAACCUGUCGAAGCAAAUUCUGUUAACUUUUUAGAUAUCGAUAAAAAGUUAACACUAGAUAUUAAUCCGGAAAACGACAGAGUUAAAAUUUGGAGAGAGUUAUACCAAGCGAAUCCUGCAAAUGCUAAAAUUUUGUAAAUAAAUGAACAUAUCCAAAGAAAUUGUUUAAAUGAAUGUUAUCCGUUUAUGAAGCCAAAUCUGACUCGUUUCAUCGGUUUGAAUAGAAUUCAUUAAUUUACAAUGUUAAAAAAAUUACCUCUACUUGCAUUUUUCCUACAAUCUCUACUCAUAUUUUUUUUUACAAUAUAACGAAUUAUCACACAAGAAGCAGAGACAAGUAUUUGCUACCACGAAUGAAUAAAUCGGACAAAAUAGUUAUCGGUUUUUGUGACCAAAAUAUUCCAAACAAAAACAACAAAAAAAUUUAAAAAUAUGUAUAAGAAUUUAUAACAAAAACACCGCAAACUUUUUUUCGUAAUACAAUCGAAUAAAAAAGAUAUAGAAAUUAAAUAAUUAGAAAGUAGGUAUAUUACAAACGUUAAAGAAUCUAAAUAUUUUUAAAAUGUUUUUCGUGUGUGUAGGUCGUAGGUAGAAGUAAUGUUUGUUGUAUGAGGUAUGUCGAGGUAUAAUGUAAAUAAAUUUUACUUUAAUGUCAGAAGUAUAUAAGAUUGUAUUUGUAUAAUGUUUAUUUAUAUUAAUAAUAUUGAAUUUUCUUGCUCUUAAUUUUAUCUGCUUCAUAUUAUCAAAUUAUUAUUAUAUGGAUAUGUUUUAUUUAUUAUUAUUUGUCUUACUUUCUGUCACUCACAAUCUGUCAUUGUAACUUGUACAGUGUACAGACUCAAUGACACAUUUCUUGUUUAUUUACAUUUUAUUUUCUAUUGUAUUGUAUCUGAAUGUAUAUAUUUUUGAUAAAUCAAACAUUAUUAUAUUAUAAAUGUAAUACCUACCGUUCAUAAUUUAAAUUAAAUAAAUACAAAAUAACAAAUUAUGUACCCUAUAUAAGUUUUUCUUGUUUACACUUUCUAUUUCAUUAUUUUAUUACAAUAAUAUCAAUAUACACCCCUCUUAUACCGACACCGUAAUGUUAGACAUCACCUAUUACUUUGAAAUGUUCAUCUAGCAAGCUGGUACAUCACCAAGAUAGGUAUCUCUCAUUUUGCUAUUAAAUUUUUUUUCUUUCUGAUUUUAAGGCGAGGAACUACUGAUUUCUGAACAAAUUUGCGCCAAAUUCGAUUAUAUCCAGGAGGUGCUGUUAUCUCUUGGCUAAAGAUAGAAUUAGUGCAAAUAUUUAUAGAAAUCUUUAACUGUAAAUAUCGACCACAUACCAUAGAUUAGGUAAAGUGAAUAGAUGGGAAACUCAAUGGUAAUAUUCUGAGUCGAUGUGCUGCU